CUUAACACAGGAGGAGGGUUCAAACUCCACCACUCUCCUUGCUCCUGUUGUCUCCUCCUAUUCCUUCAGUGAGUCGGAGGUGUGUUGGCAGCUUGAGUGGAACAGAAAGUCGGAGCUGCAACGAAGUGAGAGCAGCAGAGAGACGAGCUACACAGGUCACUCUUCAGUCUCGGUGUGAGUCAACAGCCUCAACAUGACCUCUGACCCCAGAAGCCUACAAGCUCCUGCACGAUCCAGGAGUCUCUUCAACAGCAUCAAGUUCUUUGUGUUUUGCCACAGUUUGCUGCAGCUGGCCCAGCUGUUGGUGUCAGGCUACAUGAAGAGCUCCAUCUCCACCAUCGAGAGGCGCUAUGGCCUAUCCAGCCAGAAGUCUGGGCUCCUGGCCUCCUUCAACGAGGUGGGAAACACCAUCCUCAUCAUCUUUGUGAGCUUCUUUGGGAGUCGAGUCCAUCGGCCACGGUACAUCGGAGCUGGAGCUCUGCUCGCUUGCCUGGCCUCUCUGCUGAUGGGGGUAACACACUUUAUGAGUGAACCGUACCACUACACGAAGAGCAUCUUUGCCUCCAAUGAAAAAAGUGCCAACCUCUGCCAAUCAGAAAGCUCAGUAACCACCUCAUCCUACAAUCAGACCUGCCUGAAACAGGAGACCCCCGCCCAGCAGGGGAUCUACCCCAUGCUGCUCCUGGGUCAGCUGCUGUUGGGCGUCGGAGCCGUCCCCAUCCAGCCCUUUGGCAUCUCCUACAUCGACGACUACGCCAGCAAAAGGAAUUCCCCGCUCUACCUUGGCAUCCUCCUUGCUAUGACCUCGAUCGGUCCGGCCUUCGGAUUCAUCACUGGGUCCCUCAUGCUGCGCUUCUAUGUUGACUUUGACAAGGUACCCAAAGAGGCGAUCGAGUUGGACACUAAAGACCUGCGCUGGGUGGGAGCAUGGUGGCUCGGCUUCCUGGUAGCCUCGUGCGUCCUCUUUCUCACUGCACUGCCUUACCUCUUCUUCCCCAGAAACAUGCCCAAAGAGGAAGAUCCAGACGAUAUUGAGUCCCAACCAGACAGUAAGGAGCAGCAGCAGCAGACAGACACACAACGGGAACCUACCCUCAUUCAGUUCCUCAAAAGUUUUCCUAAAAUCGCUCUGCGAACGCUGCGAAAUCCCAUCUACCUGCUGGUGGUUCUGGCUCUGGUGAACUUGUCAGCUCUGCUGUCCGGCCUCGCCACCUUUAUGGCCAAGUUCAUUGAGAAACAGUUCAGCCAGAGUGCCUCUUUCUCCACCAUGAUGAUAGGAGGAGUCGGGAUCCCAAUGGCGGUACUGGGGACCGUCCUGGGUGGAGCUCUGAUGCGACGGUUCAGUCUUUCAGUCAGUGGUGCCAGCAAAUUGUGCACAAUAGCCAUUCUUCUCUGCAUGCUAACCGCCCUACCAAUGCUGUUCAUCGGCUGUCCCACACAGAACAUUGCUGAGGUCUCUAACAACAGCUAUGAUUUGUUUCAGUGCAGUUCUAGCUGUCACUGUUCUGAGGAGGCGUUUAACCCGGUCUGUGGUUCAGACGGCAUGGAGUUCAAGUCUCCUUGCCAUGCUGGCUGUCAAUCUGUAGAAACAGACAACUUCAGCAAAGUCGUGAACUACAGUGAGUGCCGGUGUGUCGGUGGCCUCGGCUUCGCCCUACCUCGGAGCUGCGGCAGUGGGUGUGAGCAUCUCCUCCUACCCUUUGUGGUCCUGCUGGGUCUCACUGCCUUCAUCGCCGCCUUUUCCCAAACACCAUCAUGCAUGAUGAUACUCAGGGAGGUGCCUCCGGAGGAUAAGUCUUUCGCAGUGGGAGUUCAGUACAUGCUGUUCAGAGUCCUCGCGUUCAUGCCCGGUCCGGUGUUGUAUGGUAGUGUCAUCGACACCACCUGCAUCUUAUGGGGCAAGAAAUGUGGCAAGCAGACUUCCUGUCAAUACUACGACCUAGAGCGCUUCAGAAACAGGUUUCUGGGACUGCAGGUGGUCUUUGUGUGUGGGGCGUUGCUCUGCUACCUCCUGACAAUCGUUGUCCUGCGGAAAAGAGACAGGUAUCAAGAAAGGGAUUACCAGAUGGUGAACCAGAAAAUAUCAGAGAAUGCCAAAGAAAAAGAACUGAUGACAUGAAGAGGAUUCUGAGAAAACACUUUUCAUGGAGACUGCAUAGGUAGCUUUUUUCUAUGCUGGUUGAAAGGACCCUGCCACUAAGCAGCAAAUUACUCGGUCUGGUGAAUGCUUCACUUAUAACGGAGCAAUGUGCCUGCAUUAUAAGGCAAAAAGAUUUUUUUUUUCUGUCACUGUUUUGUUUAUACAUCAUGGCUAACAUUUCAGAAUGGUUUUCUUGUUUUUAUAUCGAACUUCUUAAUGUGACUGACAGCAUGUACUUUACAUUACACUUAUACAUUGUGACUAUCCAACUUUAGUGUUUUGGCUUCCCUCAUGUUGGGUUUUUGUAGCCAGAAGUGAGGAUAAACAUAAUAUAUGCAAUCAUAUACUUAAGCACAUCUAUAUAUAUAUAGUGUAAGGUAAAUGAUCAAAAAUAUGAUGUCUUGCUAUUGAAAUUUAGUUAAAGUAACACUUGCCUGGCUUGAAAAUAAGGAAAAAAUAUCACUUUGUAGGCAGACACAUGAGUUGCUAUUGGCAACAUGUAAUGAUAGCACUACACUGUGGGACACCACUGUACCAAAUUCCACUUCUUCUGCAUGUAUAAUAUUUCCUGUUUUGAUGUCUAUAUGCACUCUCAUAUAUAAAUUAUGCGGAAGAUUGUGCUGCAGAAUUACAAAUCAGUCGCUUUUCAACUGCUUCUGUAAUUACAGAGUCAGCCAGACUCAAGUGUCCAUUAAAGAAAUUGAAAUGAAGCCAGCAUAAUAACAUUGAGCUAACAAUUUAAGAUGAGCUCAUGUCCUUUAAAUGCAAACACAGACAUCUAAAUUCACAUUUCACAACCAUCAAGCUCUAUGGAAAAAAAGGUUUAUCUUCUUUAUUGAAUAAUCAGUAAGAUGGCUUAUCUAAUCAAACCCAUAAAUGUUUACCAAUAUCUCAAAGAACUUUUAGUUCCAAGCAGAAAUUUUCCAUGUUAGCAUAAAGUCAGACAGGAAGCUCAUAAUCUGUAGUUUUAGUUAUAGCAAGGCUGCAGUGCGGAAUGAAGAUCAUCUGGAUUUAGUCAGCGUCCUUUCACUAAGAGAAAGAAUUUUCACGUUAAUGUACACAUUAUUGUGAACAUCAGUUUCCAGUUUCUUCACGUGUCACUGCUUAACAAACACUUAGCGAGUAGCUGCAGAGUGUUUGCAAACAAGUCGGCACCUUUCAUACAAACUUCAUACAACCCUUGCUACUGCAAGGAACGUUGUACUACAGCACACUAUACCUGUUUGUGAAAAAUUUCACUGACUGCUAGCAAACUCCAGCAAUGAAUCACAACCAACCGGUGGUUGCCAGGCAGUCUUUAGGCCUGUGGGACUGGGGUGAAGUAAGUUACUGACACCCUCAGGUGCUGCGUAAAAAUACUCACAUUGUAAAAGUGGACCUUUGCAGUAUAUGUGCAUGAGCCUGAUAUACAAAAAAAUUGUCUCACUAAACAUGCUUUAUUUAAACAUUAAGAACAGCCUUGGUUAGAGUAGUGGCUUACAAAAAGCAAAGGCAUAAAAAGGAACAUUAAACAUUAAAAGAACAGCAGACUUCCAAAAACAUGUCAGUAGGCCCAUUGGUAAAACGGUGCCUCUGGUGGUGGAAGGCUUAGUUACAUUUUUCAGAUGUAAUUAUGAAAAGUACCUUUAAAUUUGGCAAACUCUCUAAUAAUGAGCUCAGUGUACUUACAGUGAUCCCUGUGACCCCAACGUUCAGGCUGCAGACUGCUCUAAAUAUUCACUUUAUCACAGUUAUCUAUGAGACAUCGCCAAGAGGCAAUAUCCCUAAUAUGGUUAUCUCAGGCACUUAAGCUCCGCCUACCUGCUAGUCAAACUUUCUGUUUACAAGGAGCAUUUGAAGCUGUCUUAAAGGUGGAAGAGCUAAAACAGCUCAGUAAGGUGGCUACACAACAACCUGGUAUGAAACAAAGUUUAUUUUGAACUGUGAAUCAUGCACACAAUUACAAAUACAGUUGUUACCUCUGAUAGAUCGAUGUGAUUGUUGUCUUAAAGACAAUAUAUCUGCAAAAGCAUCGCUAUAGGAAGAAGUUUCAGAUGUGAAAAAAUGUGGUCAUUAUAUCAUUUCCUGCACAUCGGUUAAAUUACUUCCAGCACAGAUUCCUUUAAAUCACAUGUUCACUUUCACAUUUAAAUACGUAAACAGAAAUCUUAUUUCAACAUUACACUAAUGAGGAAGCUUCAGCUUUCAUCACUGACCUCCUGCUGAAUAUUUUUAGUGUGCCAUCAUUUUUACUGGAAAUAAAAUGAGAGAGAAACGUCCCUCUGUAAAGUGAAUAUAUUUGUGCUGUGAUCUUGAAGAGAGCGAGCAGCUAGGCCAGCUUGUAUCAGACAGAGGGUGGACUGAGGGCUGAACCAGAGCCCAGUAUGAGACGAAUAACAAUUAUUGUCAACUGUGAACCAUGCAAAGCUACUCUAGUAGAGCUCAAGAAUAAAAAAAAUAUGGAGUUAUAUUGAGCAGAAAAGGUUUUCUAUAUGGGGGAACUAGAACUUUACCAGAACACUGUGACGGGAUUCUGGAGUCACGAAAAGACUUCAAAGAGAUUAAAGAAGAAAAAACUAAAGACAGAGGGAUGGCAAACAAACAGAAAGUACAAACAGGCGCCACGACACUAUUUUUAUAUGAAAAUGUUUGUAAGAAUGUUUUUAACAUGUGAAUUCACGAGUUUUAUUCUUCUGGCACAAACGGAUCCUGUGGAACAUUUUCCGAGUUUUGAUGAAUUUAAUCCAGUGAGAUGUUUUCAGUGUUUCGUCAUUUUUUUAUAAACUGUUUUCUACAAGUUUGAUAAAAUUAUAUUGUGCUGAAUGUUUCAGUGUUUGUAUGAUAACCUUUCAUACUCAGAACGUUGUUCUGUAAAUAUUUCUAUCCAAUUGAACAGUGCAUAAAGGACACUAGCUUUAUAAAAAAUAUAUGAAAUAUAUAUCAUUUUAGAAUAAAGUGGAGCAGUAUAACUAAAAUACCAAUUGAAAUGCGAUGGGAAAAAAUGGUAAUUUUCUUUUGUAUUUUUUUGUAUUUUUCAAAUUAAUUGACACAUUUACUGUUGAACAAUUUCUUGCUUGCUCAACUUAUAAAGUGUUUAUUUUUCCACAUGAUUUGUGGACAUGUCUACAUUGUUUACUGCUUUUUUUAUGUAAAAGAUAAAUUGUCAAAUAAAAAGCAACUUGGUUUUUCUGACCAUUUACUUUUGA